UCUUGCCUCGCAGAGGUAGAACACGUAGUAGCUUCCAUGGCCAACAACAUGGUCCACGACGAGAGUGACGUGGUGUGCGUCGACUUCUGGGCUAACCUAUUCGGCAUGCGGGUUCUGAUCGCGCUGCGCGAGCUAGGCGUGUCGUUCAAGUACAUCGAGGAGGACCUUUGCGUCCGCGAGAGGAGCGACCUGGUGCUGCGCAUGAACCCUGUCCAUCGCAUGGUGCCCAUCCUGAUCCACCAUGGCCGUCCCAUCUGCAACUCCAUCAACAUCCUCGAGUACAUCGACGAGGUCUGGGGUCACCGUCAAGAAACCCAAGUAGGAGGAACCCGGUUGCUCCCUAUCGACCCGCUGCACAGGGCUUACGCCCGGUUCUGGGCCGAUUUUGUUGACAACAAGGUGUUCGGCACGGAGAUGAGGCUAUUCAAGAGCAAAGGUGAGGAUGAGAAAGAAGCUGCAAAGGAGGAGCUAAUCCGCCAGCUCAAGCAACUCGAGGGGACGCUUGGGGACAAGAACUUCUUCUCCGGCGAUGAAUUCGGGUUUCUGGACAUCGUCAUCAUCCCAUUGUCGAGCAUGUUUCGAGCAUACGAACAGCAAGGAAAGUUUGAUCUUGAGGCGGAGUGUCCCAAGCUGAUGCGGUGGGAGAAGCAGUGCAAGGAGAGAGAGAGCAUCAAGAGUACUCUUCCGGAUGAGGAGGAGGUGUACAUGAUGCACAAGAAAUGGUACGGCAUAGAAUGAAGUGGGCCAUCAUCAGUACUAAUUAGAUUGUGCUCCAAACUUACCACGCUUGUGGAACAUGGAUAAUACUCCAUCCAUUAUUGUUUGACAUGAAAACAACUAGUAGUACGCAAUGGGUGCGUACGAGUGUGCCUAAGUACGUACAAAACUUGUAUUCAUAUCGUUCCAUGAUUUUGGAGCUGCCGAUGCAUGUGGUGCUACAUGGCGCUAGAGUGGAAUCAAUAAAGUUAUAUGCGCUAUA